AAGCCGGCCGGAUGAGAAAACAUAGAGACCGGAAAUGUGCCUGUUUCUUCCUGUCCUAAAUUGAGUUUGCGCCCUCGGUGGUCAGGAGGGGAAGUGACGUUGCUGCUGGGAAGAUGGCGGCGAUGGCGAUUACUUCUUCGUCAGCCACGGCCACGGCGGCGGCUCUCGGCGAGGUGGAGGAUGAAGGGCUCUUGGCGUCGCUGUUCCGGGACCGCUUCCCGGAGGCCCAGUGGCGCGAGCGGCCCGAUGUGGGCCGCUAUCUCCGUGAGUUGAGCGGCUCGGGGCUGGAGCGGCUGCGGCGCGAGCCCGAGCGCCUAGCGGAGGAGCGGGCUCAGCUGCUGCAGCAGACGCGCGACUUGGCCUUCGCCAACUACAAGACCUUCAUCCGUGGCGCCGAGUGCACCGAGCGCAUCCACCGCCUCUUUGGAGAUGUGGAGGCGUCGCUCGGCCGCCUGCUCGACCGCUUGCCCAGCUUCCAGCAGAGCUGCAGGAACUUUGUGAAGGAAGCCGAAGAGAUCAGCUCCAACCGCCGGAUGAAUAGCUUGACCCUAAACCGGCACACAGAAAUCCUGGAAAUACUAGAGAUUCCUCAGCUCAUGGACACCUGUGUCCGGAACAGUUAUUAUGAAGAGGCCCUGGAGCUCGCAGCCUAUGUACGCCGACUGGAGAGGAAAUACUCUUCCAUCCCUGUCAUCCAGGGCAUCGUGAACGAAGUGCGCCAGUCCAUGCAGCUGAUGUUGAGCCAGCUGAUCCAGCAACUGAGGACCAAUAUCCAGCUCCCCGCCUGCCUCCGUGUCAUUGGCUACCUGUGGCGCAUGGACGUCUUCACUGAGGCCGAGCUGAGGGUGAAGUUUCUUCAGGCGCGGGAUGCUUGGCUCCGGUCCAUCCUGACUGCCAUUCCUAAUGAUGAUCCCUAUUUCCAUAUCACAAAAACCAUCGAGGCCUGCCGUGUCCAUCUCUUUGAUAUCAUCACCCAGUACCGUGCCAUCUUCUCAGACGAGGACCCACUGCUGCCCCCUGUCAUGGGUGAGCACACUGUGAAUGAGAGUGCCAUCUUCCAUGGCUGGGUGCUACAGAAAGUCUCACAGUUCCUGCAGGUGCUGGAGACUGACCUUUACCGGGGCAUAGGUAGCCGCCUGGACUCUCUGCUGGGCCAGUGCAUGUACUUUGGGCUGUCCUUCAGCCGGGUGGGAGCUGAUUUCCGGGGCCAGUUAGCUCCUGUUUUCCAGCGGGUGGCCAUCCACACUUUCCAGAAAGCAAUUCAACAAACAGUGGAGAAAUUCCAGGAUGAAAUGAACUCCUACACUCUCAUCUCAGCUCCAGCCGUCCUGGGCAGCAGUAACAUGCCUGCUGCUGUGCCAGCCACUCAGCCAGGGACACUGCAGCCACCGAUGGUGCUCCUAGAUUUCCCCCCCCUCGCCUGCUUCCUCAACAAUAUUCUGGUCGCCUUCAAUGAUCUGCGUCUCUGCUGCCCUAUAGCCCUGGCACAGGACGUGACUGGGGCCUUGGAAGAUGCCCUUGCCAAGGUGAGCACAUUCUGCAUUCCUCCCACUCAGCUCUCCAAGUACGGAAACAUCGGGCGUGUGAACAUCGGCGCCAUUCAGGAGCCCCUCGCCUUUAUCCUGCCAAAGAGAGAGACGCUCUUCGCCCUGGAUGACCAGGCGCUGGGGCCCGAGCUCACAGCUCGAACACCAGAGCCACCCGCCGAGGAGCCACGCCUGGAGCCCGCUGGCCCGGCCUGUCCGGAGGGAGGGCGAGCGGAAGCGGAGGCGGAACUGCCCCGACGGCACUUCCCGGCGUGCCCCGCGCUGCAGCCGGAAGAGGCGGGCCUGGUUCCUGCUGCUGGGGUCGCCAUGUCCCGCAUGUUGGGUGCGCUGCUGCUUCGGCGGCUAUGGGUCCCCGUGGCCUGGGGAAGGGCAGCAGCCGGUGGUUCCCGAGCUUGCAGCUCCAAGGCCGCCCGUGACGGCGUCGAGGGUCCGGUGCUCCGGCGCUCCUAUUGGCGUCACCUGAGGCGCCUGGUGCGGGGGCCGCCUGAACCGCCGUUCAUGCACGUGUGCCAGGUCGGGGACCCGGUGCUGCGCGGCGUGGCGGCCCCGGUGGAGCGGGAGCAGCUGGGAGGGCCCGAGCUGCAGCGGCUGGCGCAGCGGCUGGUGCAAGUGAUGCGGCGGCAGCACUGCGUGGGCCUGAGCGCCCCGCAGCUGGGGGUGCCGCGGCAGGUGCUGGCGCUGGAGCUCACCCAGGCGCUGUGUCAGAAGACCCCGCCGCGCCAGCGCGCGCUUCGCCAGAUGGAGCCUUUCCCUUUGCGCGUGUUCGUGAACCCCAGCCUGCGGGUGCUGGACAGCCGCCUGGUCACCUUCCCCGAGGGCUGCGAGAGCGUCGCCGGCUUCCUGGCCUGCGUGCCCCGCUUCCAGGCGGUGGAAAUCUCAGGGCUGAACCCCAAUGGAGAACAGGUGGUGUGGCAGGCAAGCGGGUGGGCAGCCCGCAUCAUCCAGCACGAGAUGGACCACCUGCAGGGCUGCCUGUUCAUUGACAGAAUGGACAGCAGGACAUUCACAAACAUCUGUUGGAUGGAGGUGAAUGACUAAAGCUUUUUACUGGGGCUGAGGAUUCCUGAGACCAAGAUGCAAACACUGCCACUUUUAGCUGGGCACAUCUUACUUGGCAUCAACUUGGAUGACUUGGCCAUGACAGGAAAGUGGACUGCCAAGGCACGCCAGACUGAGCUGGAGGAAUAUGUCAGAAAUGUUUACCCUGAAAUCAGUUAUGGAUGAAGUGUUGCCUACAACUUGAGGAGAAAAAUCACCCCCAAAGGAGUGGUCGUUUCCUGACAAUUCUGUUUGGAGAUAGGUGGGGUAACUGCAUUCGUCUGCGGUAGACGUGAGUUCCUUGGACCUGUAUAAUCUCCCAAAGCCAAGAUUUGGUAAUGUAGUCUCCAAAUACCUGAAAGCUGUCUUUAAAAAUGCAGGUAAGCGUGACUGGCCAUUUGUGCUGAGUUCUUAUUUUUACAGAGGGCUUGUGACUUUGGUUGAUCUUGGAUGCCAGUUUGCUUAUAGAAAUAAAACAGGGCAGGAUAGUCCCUGCUCAAGGAAGUGUUUACUGACA